CUCGCGGCCCCCUCCCGCCGGGUCAGCCCCGAGGAGUCGCCCGGUGGCCGCGGCAGACGGAAGCCGAGCGAGAGCCCCGGCGUCCGCAGGAUGGGGGACUCCAAAGUGAAAGUGGCCGUGCGGAUCCGGCCGAUGAACCGACGAGAACUUGACUUGCAUACCAAAUGUGUGGUGGACGUUGAUGCAAACAAGGUUAUUCUUAAUCCUGUAAAUACUAAUCUUUCCAAAGGAGAUGCCCGGGGCCAGCCAAAGGUAAGAGAUUUGUUUGCCUAUGAUCAUUGUUUUUGGUCUAUGGAUGAAUCCGUCAGAGAAAAAUACUGUGGUCAAGAUGAUGUUUUCAAGUGCCUUGGGGAAAAUAUCCUUCAGAAUGCUUUUGAUGGCUACAAUGCAUGUAUCUUUGCCUACGGACAGACUGGGUCUGGAAAGUCUUACACCAUGAUGGGCACAGCUGACCAGCCUGGACUAAUCCCAAGACUUUGCAGUGGGCUCUUUGAACGAACUCAGAAAGAAGAAAACGAGGAGCAGAGUUUCAAAGUAGAAGUGUCCUACAUGGAAAUUUAUAAUGAAAAAGUCCGAGACCUCCUUGAUCCCAAAGGAAGCCGGCAGACGUUGAAAGUCAGAGAACAUAGUGUGUUGGGACCCUAUGUCGAUGGACUUUCUAAACUGGCUGUCACAAGCUACAAGGAUAUUGAGUCUUUGAUGUCUGAGGGUAACAAAUCUCGCACAGUUGCUGCCACCAACAUGAAUGAGGAGAGUAGCCGAUCCCAUGCGGUUUUCAAAAUCACUCUCACACAUACUCUUUAUGAUGUGAAGUCUGGGACAUCCGGGGAGAAAGUGGGCAAACUGAGCUUGGUGCUUACGGUGCGUGAAGCGAGCACGAACAGGCUGCGGGACAGGCGAAAGGAAGGCAGACAUCAACAAGACAGUCUUGGGGGCAACAGCAAGACGGCCAUGGUGGCUACCGUGAGCCCGGCAGCCGACAACUACGACGAAACCCUCUCGACCCUGCGGUACGCAGACCGCGCCAAGCACAUCGUGAACCACGCCGUGGUCAACGAGGAUCCGAACGCGAGGAUCAUCCGGGAUCUCCGUGAAGAAGUCGAGAAGCUCCGGGAGCAGCUGACCAAAGCAGAGGCAAUGAAAUCUCCAGAGCUAAAGGACCGGCUGGAAGAAUCUGAAAAGCUAAUUCAGGAAAUGACUGUGACCUGGGAGGAGAAAUUAAGGAAGACGGAGGAGAUCGCACAGGAGAGACAGAAACAGCUCGAGAGCCUUGGAAUAUCACUGCAGUCUUCCGGAAUCAAAGUCGGGGAUGACAAGUGUUUCCUUGUGAACCUGAACGCGGACCCUGCGCUGAACGAACUCCUGGUGUACUAUCUAAAGGAACAUACAUUGAUAGGGUCAGCAAAUUCCCAAGAUAUCCAACUGUGUGGAAUGGGAAUUCUUCCAGAACAUUGUAUUAUAGACAUCACACCCGAAGGCCAGGUUAUGCUGACUCCCCAGAAGAAUACCAGGACAUUUGUAAAUGGGUCUUCUGUCUCCAGUCUGACGCAGCUGCACCAUGGGGACAGGAUAUUAUGGGGAAACAACCAUUUCUUCAGACUCAAUUUGCCUAAAAAGAAAAAGAAAGCAGAGCGGGAGGAUGAGGAACAGGACGGCUCCGGGAAGAACGACAGCAGUUCCGAGCAGCUGGAUGUGGACGGAGACUCCUCCAGCGAGGUGUCCAGUGAAAUAAACUUCAACUACGAAUACGCCCAGAUGGAGGUCACCAUGAAGGCCCUGGGCAGCAACGAUCCAAUGCAGUCGAUAUUGACUAGCCUAGAGCAGCAGCACGAAGAAGAGAAACGAUCGGCGCUCGAGCGCCAGAGGCUCAUGUACGAACAGGAGCUGGAGCAGCUCCGGAGGCGGCUGUCCCCCGAGAAGCAGAACUGCCGGAGCGGGGACCGGUUCUCCCUGCACUCGCCCAGCGCCCAGCAGCGCCUGCGGCAGUGGGCCGAGGACAGAGAAGCUACAUUGAAUAAUAGCUUGAUGCGGCUGAGGGAACAAAUUGUCAAAGCCAACCUGUUGGUGCGAGAAGCUAGUUACAUCGCGGAGGAACUGGAUAAGAGAACAGAGUAUAAAGUUACCCUACAGAUUCCAGCCUCCAGCCUGGAUGCCAACAGGAAGCGAGGUUCUCUUCUCAGUGAACCUGCGAUCCAGGUGAGAAGAAAAGGAAAAGGGAAGCAGAUUUGGUCUUUGGAAAAACUGGACAACAGGUUACUGGAUAUGCGAGACCUUUAUCAGGAAUGGAAAGAGUGUGAAGAAGAUACCCCAGUGAUACGCUCUUACUUCAAGCGCGCCGAUCCGUUCUACGAUGAGCAGGAAAACCACAGUCUCAUCGGGGUGGCCAACGUCUUCCUCGAGUCCCUUUUCUACGACGUCAAGUUACAAUAUGCCGUCCCUAUCGUCAACCAGAAAGGAGAGGUUGGUGGCGGGCGGCUGCACGUGGAGGUGAUGCGCAAGGGCGACGUCGGGAGAGACUCGCGGGAGGAGGCCGCGGACGUCUCCUUCAGAAGAGGCCAGGAGAACAAGCUGGUUGCAUGGUAAGUUAAAAUCCUCCAGGCCACCGGGUUGCCACAGCAUCUGUCCCACUUUGUGUUCUGCAAGUACAGCUUCUGGGACGAGCAGGAGCCUCUGAUCGUGGCGCCUGAAGUGGACACCUCCUCCUCCUCCCCCGUCAGCAAGGAACCUCACUGCAUGGUCGUCUUUGAUCACUGCAGCGAGUUUUCUGUUAACAUCACUGAAGAUUUCAUCGAGCACCUCUCGGAAGGAGCAUUGGCAAUUGAAGUAUAUGGACACAGAAUGAAUGACCCUCGCAAAAACCCGGCCCUGUGGGACUUGGGAAUCAUUCAGGCAAAAACACGGAGUCUUCGGGACAGAUGGAGUGAAGUCACCAGGAAAUUGGAAUUCUGGGUUCAAAUCUUGGAACAGAAUGAGAAUGGUGAAUAUUGCCCUGUAGAAGUGAUUUCUGCAAAGGACGUUCCAACAGGAGGAAUUUUCCAGCUCCGGCAGGGGCAGUCCCGGCGGGUUCAAGUGGAAGUGAAGUCUGUGCAGGAAUCCGGGACGUUACCGCUGAUGGAAGAAUGUAUAUUGUCUGUUGGCAUCGGAUGUGUCAAAGUUAGACCGCUCAGGUCCCCCAGAACGCACGAGACCUUCCAUGAGGAAGAGGAAGACAUGGACAGCUACCAGGAUCGAGAUUUAGAGAGACUUCGUAGAAAAUGGCUAAAUGCAUUAACGAAACGCCAGGAGUACCUGGAUCAACAGCUACAAAAGUUUGUCAGUAAACCUGAUAAAACAGAGGAUGAUGCUGACCGCGAAGCCCAACUUCUGGAGAUGCGGUUGACCCUAACUGAGGAACGGAACGCGGUCAUGGUCCCCUCUGCCGGCAGUGGGAUUCCAGGGGCCCCAGCAGAGUGGACGCCGGUGCCUGGGAUGGAAACCCACAUUCCUGUUAUAUUCCUCGACUUAAAUGCUGAUGAUUUCAGCUCUCAGGAUAAUCUCGAUGACCCAGAAGCUGGUGGGUGGGAUGCCACGCUGACGGGGGAAGAGGAAGAAGAGUUCUUUGAGUUGCAGAUUGUAAAACAUCAUGAAGGAGAGGUUAAAGCAGAAGCCUCCUGGGACUCGGCGGUGCACGGCUGCGCCCAGCUCAGCAAGGGCACGCCCGGCGACGAGCGGGUGUUUCUGAUCGUGCGCGUCACCGUGCAGCUGAGCCACCCGGCAGACAUGCAGCUGGUGUUGCGCAAGAGGGUCUGCGUCCACGUUCACGGCCGGCAGGGUUUUGCUCAGAGUCUCCUAAAAAGGAUGUCUCAUCGAAGUUCUAUUCCUGGCUGUGGAGUGACUUUUGAAAUCGUCUCCAAUAUUCCAGAGGACGCGCAGGGCGUGGAGGAGCGGGAGGCGCUGGCGAGGAUGGCGGCCACCGUGGAGAACGCGGCGUCGGCCGACGCGGAGGCCCACAUCGAGAAGUACCUGCGCAGCGUGCUGGCCGUGGAGAACCUGCUCACCCUGGACCGCCUCCGCCAGGAAGUUGCGGUGAAGGAACAGUUAACGGGAAAAGGGAAGUUGAAUAGGAGAAGCAUCAGCUCUCCAAACGUGAACAGGUGGUCUGGAAGCCGACAGGAUCUCAUCCCAUCCUACAGUCUCGGCAGCAACAAAGGCCGGUGGGAAAGUCAGCAGGAUGUAUCCCAGACCACAGCGUCCAGAGGAGUGGCUGCAGGCCCCCCGGCCCUGCCUGUUUCUCCCCAGAACAACCAUUCCCCCGAUGCAGGACACAGUAGCUUAGCAGCCUCCUACUUGAGUCCUGUGAAGUCCUUGGUGCCUCAGAUGCCAAAGCUCCUGAAGUCUCUCUUUCCUGUCCGGGACGACAAGAGGGGCAAACGGCCGUCUCCCGUGACGCAGCAGCCCGUGCCCCGCAUCAUGGUGCAGUCUGCCUUCCCGGACGCCGGGGUGACCAGGAUGGAGGAGGCUCAGCCAGAGAGCGUGGGUGCCGGCACGGACCCCGAGGUGCUGGUGCAGGUGGCGGCCCCUGCAGCGAGGAUCUGCGACAAGCCUGCUAAAGUGCCUUCCCCGCCGCCGGUCUCGGUCUCCACGGCCACCCCCAGCCCCGAGGGGCAGGACGGGCCCCCCAGCCCCCUGAGCGAGGCCUCAAGCGGGUACUUCUCGCACAGCGUCUCCACCGCCACGCUGUCCGACGCCCUCGGCCCCGGCCUGGACGCCGCGACCCCGGCUGGCGGCCAGGCCGAGACCCCGCUGCCGUCUGCUGCCUCGGGACCCCAGAGUGUGCCCACUGCCCGGCUGGACGUCCCGGGCCCCGCGCUGGCCCCGGCGGAGCCCGUAGCCCCGACGCCGGAGGCCCAGGCCACGCCCGCCACCCGGCAGCUCUGCCCGGAGCCCGGCCCCGCGCCCGCCUCCCCGUUCCGCGUGCGCAGGGUGCGCACGGCCGAGCUGCAGUCCUUCUCGCGCAUGCUCGGCGCCGACGCCGGCCCCGCCACGCCGGCCCACGGGGACCCGCUGGUCGCCGGGGCCCAGACCUUGGGCAGGCUGGACGUUGCAUCGGAUUCCGAGGAAGGCGACGAAGUCCCCGAGUGGCUCAAAGAGGGGGAGUAUGUCACCGUGGGCACCAACAAGCUGGGCAUCGUGAGAUACAUCGGGCCCACGGACUUCCAGGAGGGGACGUGGGUCGGCGUGGAGCUGGACUUACCCGCAGGGAAGAACGAUGGCUCCGUGGGCGGCAAGCAGUACUUCCGGUGCAGCCCCGGCUACGGGCUGCUGGUGAGGCCCGGCCGCGUGCGCAGGGCCGCGGGCGCGGCGAGGAGGCGCAGUGCGGGGAUCAGGCUGCAGGGCGCCCCAGAGGCCCGCCAGAGCGCCACGCUUUCAGGCUCCGCCACCAACCUGGCCUCGCUGACGGCCGCCCUGGCCAAGGCUGACAGGAGCCACAAGAACCCCGAGAACCGGAAAUCCUGGGCCAGCUGAGCCAGCUGCCCCAGGGGCACGUGCUGGGCGCCCUGCGGUGACAGCGCCAGGAGCCGGGUGCCCGCAGGGUCCUCCCUGGGGGGCCGGGCAGCAGAUGCUUUUUGCACAUCGCAGGGCUGGUGACCUCCCCGUUUCCCGUCCUCCCUGGGCCUCUGGAAGCUUUAUUUUCUCUCCACACAGAGGAUGAGGGGGCACCUCAGCCUCCCCAGGUGGGAGUCGAGGGUUCUAGGCGCCCACAGGGGUCGUGGGCUCGUGGGAGUGAGGCCCUGGGGGCACGAGGCCCGGCCACGUCCCUGUGUGCCUGUGCCUGGGGCUUUGUUCUCUCGUUCCUAUUUGUCUGUUUUAGUGACCCCAGGAAUGUCAUUACAAUUUAAACCUUAACCCUAACUACUAGUGCCUUUCCUCCCCCUGCGGAGGGCAAGCCCACCCUGACCUCCUGGCUGGCACCUCGGCCCCCAGUAACAGUCCCCUAAGUGCCUCUGGCCUCCCGGUGCUCUUGGCCACGGCGCCGUUUGCCCGGCUCCUGCCUCGCUCCUCGGACAGGGUUUCUCACAGUUUCUUCGUGGGUGUUCUGGCGCCUUUACACCUGGAAAGUCUUUUCUGUCUGCCAUUUAUUCCCUUAACCGAAUGCUUGGAAUAUAUUUAUUUAUAUUUAUUUUUUUCAAACUCUGAAAUCAUUUGCAAGCCACAAUCGUCUGCCUGGGUGCGGGUGGCCCGGGGCCUGCCGUGCACGCCACCAGCCUCCUGCCCUGGGUGGGGGUUUCCCGGGGCAGCCAGAGGACGGAGCCCCCUCCUCCUGUCCCUGUGCUGCAGGUGCGCUCGGCCUCGCUCUGGCUCAGAUGAAAGCAAACACUCGGGGAGUCACGUUGCUGUGCUUCCGUUGUAGGUGACGAAGCUAGAGCCACUUACUCCCUUAUCAGGUUCGAUUGUGGUUGCUGGGAAGGUGCUUAGUCCAUUUCAGCUUCUUGGUGAUUCCCAAGCCCUGACCCUGACCCUACCUGGGGGCCGAGGCUCGGCCGGCGGCUGGGAGGGGGAGCCGCCCUGGUUUUCCCUUGAUGCUCAUGGCAGCCGCCCAGGCCCGCCAGGUGCCCAGACUCUCUGUGACAGGUGCUGGCUGGACGGCAGGAAGCAGCCAGGGCGCCCCCCACCUCCUCACCGGGGAGCUUCUGGGCCCGGAGCCUGUGGCCCAGCCUUCGGGUGGGGUCAGGUCUGCGUGUGGAAGGCAGGGCGAGUGAGGCGGAGGACACACUCUGGCAGUGCUGGGCCACCCGCUGCCACAGUGCUGGGAUGGGGGCCCUGCGUGAGGAUUCGCACAGGCAGUCUGGGCGCCCGUUUUUGGUCCUCACGUUGAGAGAACACUAGAAAGCUCCGCUGAGGAAUCUCUGGUUCUCUGCGGACUUGACAGUCCUCUGAGGGGCUGUGGGGCUCCCUGUCUCUGGCGGGGGCUGCCUGCCUGGUGGCCCCUGAGAACACCACAGUGUCCCCCUCCAGCACCUGCAGCCCCCAGCUGGCUCAGGAGCAGACAGGAGCCCCUCCUCGGUGUGAUGAGUCCAGCCUUAUGUGCACGCGAGACUUGUUUUGUCCAGAAUCAGCCAGAGGCUGGUCCUGGCCGCCGCAGGGAGGGGUGGUCUCCCUGGCGGGCCCCUCAGCUGCCUUGGGUGCCCUGCGCUGCGUAGCCCCUGGCUGGGAGUGGGAGUCUUUCUCUUUCCCCAGUUGCAGGGCCAGACACAAGGGGCCCAGCAGGAAGGAUCCUGCCCCAGCCCAGUCUGGGACAGUGCCACCCUGGUGCCUCAUCAGCUCCGACCCGAGCGAUGUCCCUGACCCAGGAGGGCAGAUGAGGCAGCCUCCCGAAGACAGCCCCGCAGGAGGGUCUGGUGGGGCUAUGCGUGUUGCUGUCCUGCCUCCUUCCUUCUGCACUGUGACCUGCAUGACCCUUAGGGCUGGAGGGAGGCACUGACCGAAGGACUCACUGCAAGGUGCACAUGGUGUCACUGUCACCAUCCACUGCCCACCUGGGCAGCCCGGAGUGACUCUAGCCCUGCCCUGUUAGAUGAGCAGUGGGGCUGUUGGAGGGCAGCCGCCCCGCCUGCCUUCCCGCUCUUGCUGCAGACUGGCGGGGACCUGCCGCCGGGAAACCAGGGACGCUACAGCGGUGAGCCCUGCCAGCCUUGGCCCAGCGGGUGGCAGGUGCGGUCUUGAGGGUGGGCUGGGCGCCAUUUCCUCCGUCCUCCCUUCUGCCUCCCUGAUCCACAGACCUAACUUAAACAGAGAGUCCGCCCUGGGACUUUCUCCACGCCGCUCUUAGAGGGCCCCAGGCUUACCGCAGCUCGGGGACACUUCCUUGGGUCCUCUGCCUCCCGCUCUGCACGCCCAGGGCCACCACUAGCCCUGCCACAAGGCCCUCAGGCCCUCAUGAAGUACACAGGCCACAUGGGUAGAAAGGCCCAUUCCCACCCUGGGGACUGCGUCGGGUCGUGGGGGGGCAGGGGACCAGCAGGACACCAGCAAGGAGGGGGAGGAGUUUUGGGGCCCACCAGGUCGGGCCUUGUGUACUCAGUGAGAGAAUUGGGCCGGGCUCGUGACUGCUGUGGAGGCUGAAAGGCUUGGGUGUCCCCCCUGCGCCCCCCCAUUACUCCCUGGCAUUUCCUCCUCUUGCCUUAAAAGCUCCUUGAAUGUGAAAUGGUCCAGAAAUCCUGAGUGUUUCUUUUCCUUUUGGAGACUCGCCCUGUCUGUGUGCACGCAUGUGCUAGGUGUUUAGGGUCCCCCUACCUCCCGUGGUCGGCCCCCAAGGCCACCUAGAUGGGAGUGUCCGACUGUAGUGCCUUAGCUGCGGGGACUGGCGUGCGGCCUGUGCUCUGUGCCUGUCGCCGGCCGGUUGUACCCAAAAGCAUCUUUCUCUCGGAAAAGUCUCUGGUGCCUUCCUGGUGGGCUGCUGACACUAAUGGUGUUGGGAGGGUCUUAGGACAUCUCUGUCUGGAUUUUUGUAAAUACGAUGGGUUCACGCUGAAAGAAGGGACUUUGAUCCCGGAAUUAUGUUGAUUUGGUACACAUGAAAUGGGAGUUCAGAUAUCCAAAGACUCUGUAAUGAACUGUAAAGACGUAAAUGACUUGUGUUGUAUAAUGAACUAAACCACUGUAAUUUUGUACCAUAUAUGCCUUUCUGUCAAGUGACCAACGGCUUCUAAAUAAAACCACAUGAUGUCU